AUGACUACAGGAUUGCACCUCACUCUCAUCACUACCAUUACUUCCUAUUUUCUAUUAACAGAAUCAUCAGUAGCGGAAUUCAACCGGCCGGAAACUUUCACUCCAGACAACUUGGAGGACUCCAAAGAGAACCUCAAAGGUUUCAGUCUACUAAAUCAAGUAACAUCCAAAGUGUUUCACGGAUCAACAAAAAGCGGCAAUUGGACAUUCAUUGUCUCCGGUGUAGCAACAUUCCUUUUCCUAGCGGCAACAACCGACUGGCUACUAUCCUCACGCGGCAAGAAACGCCCCUUCUAUCAGCAGUUACAUAGCUUUAUGACCAGACUUGGCGAAAGAUUCAGCUCGGCUCUAAGUCUAUACAGUACUUCCGGCUUCAACAGUGAUUCACACUUGCUAAAGUUUCACUCCGAUGACUACAAGAAGGCCUUGAAGCUUGGUGGAUAUCCGGGAGGCCUCGCAAACGAUGGAAAUACGUGCUUUAUGAACUCUGUCUUGGAGAGUCUCGCCUCUUCUCAUGAGAUUGUCGAUUUUCUCACCCAGUUUACCGAUAACUCUGAUGAUAACGAGAGCCAGAAAUCCGGCUUCUUCCGGAAGAAGCAGCUCAAAGCUCCAUUUUCUGAUGCUCUCCUUGAACUUUUGAAUAAGUUGAACGGGAGACAUGGCCGGAGAACACACACGUACAAGACGAAAAGACUUCUUUCGUCCAUGAAGGACGGACCAACUAAAAGCAUGUUUCUCGGCUAUAACCAGGAGGAUGCCCAGGAGUUCUACCAAAGCUUGAUGCGGCAGGUCGAGAAGGAGUUCAAGAAAGUCGAGAUGCAGAAAGAGGGCUUGCUUGUGGAUGAAGAUUUCGAUAAAUCAGAGGCUGAGAAGAGAAGCCAGUCGCAAAUGCCUCGAGAAAGCUUUGAGGAUAAAGCCGCAGGAAUGACUAUGGGGUUGGAGGAUUUGGGAUGCCUUGGCAAAGUGUAUGUUCCAGCAGUUCAGGUGGAUCCGGAUGUUGCUGGUGUUGAGUCUAAGGUAUAUCCUCUGAAGUUUGUCACUCCUGUUGAUGGUCUUAUCUGCGAGAGGAUAGGAUGUACGAAUUGCGGCGAAACAGGCGGUAUUCGAUACACGGUGACUUCUGGGCUUGGACUAACACUGCCUUACAACUCUGACACAGCCUACCGGCUUGAGGACUUGAUGGAUGAGUGGAAAAAGCCUGAAACUAUAGACGGUGUGGAGUGUAACAGGUGCGGAUUAAAGAAUAUGAAGUCGGGACUCGAGCAGAAGCUUGCCGAAUUCAGGCAGAGCACCGAUUCGACUGCUGGCAGGCUUGUCGAGCUGACGGAGAAGCGAAUUUCGGAAAUUGACGAAACGCUUUCAAAGCCAAUCAUCAACGAUGAUGAUUACAACCGGCUCCACACGAAGAACAUGGAGAAGAAGUCUACGAAGAUUAAACAGGCAUACUAUUCGCGUCCACCGGCUGUGUUGUGUAUUCAUGUAAAUAGAUCGGUGUUUGAUCCUCGCACGUACACGGUGAGGAAGAACAAUGCAAAGCUUAUAUUCCCGAUCCAUCUGAAUAUCACGGAUUAUGUUGCUACACCGGAUGAUAUUAACAUGGAUGCUAGGAUGCCGUUCAGGAAGAGAGACACACCGUCUGAGGAAGAAGAUGAUGGAAAAGAAGCAGAAAAUAGCUCUGCACAUGACCCACGCCUCGAGUACACAUUGAAAUCGGUGAUUUCGCACUUUGGAACUCACAACUAUGGACAUUACAUAGCAUUCAGAAGAUGCAGACAGAUGUGGUGGAGGAUUAGCGAUGAGAUAGUUAGGCUAUCUUCAGAGAAAGAGGUUCUUGCAUCACAGGGAACGUUCAUGCUUUUUUACGAGCUCACGAGCAGGAGCAAAGGCGAGGAGCCAGAAGAAGUUGUUGCAGAUGAAACAUAUCCAGAUGAUACUGCCAGUAACGACAGUUCAUCAAGUUUGGGAAGUUGCAGUAGUAGCAUCCCGUCUGAAGAAGAAGAUCAUUUGCCAAGCUCAACGGAGACAUCCCCGGACUCGAUGGAUGAAGAAGCACAGAAGCAGUUCAUAAAUGCACAGGCAAACUUAUAA